AAGCCACUCUCUCUCACUCUCUUUCUUCACUUUCCUCCCUCAUCACAAAGCAAAGCACAAGACCUCUCUCAUCAAUGGAGCGUUCCGCUUGGCCUAAGAACCUCUCCUCCAGCCGCAAGCGCGCGAUCCAAGAGCUCUGUGGCCAAAAUCCCAAGAAGCUCAGAGAUGCCUUCGACGCUCAGUCUCAAACUGGCGAUGACCCACGGCAGCCCUUGUUUGCGGGAGAUCUGAUCGUCAGCGUCCUCGGGUCGUUCAGCAGCAACACCCAAUCCCUAUCGAGCGGGGCUGAGUCCUAUGAGGGCUUCCAGGUCCCGAGCAACGCCUUUGUCAGUUCCGAGGUCUCCGAGGGAAGUGAGAGCAUCAUGUCUCCGUUAGAGAGCGUCAAGACCCCUGUCCCCGUCCGGAGGUCUCCGAUAGAGAGCGUCAAGCCCCCCAUCCGGGGGUCAUUUUCCAUCAAGUCGGAACAGUCGCUAGUAAAGGCUGCGACGGCGAUAUACGAGGGCAGAGUAGACGUGGCUUCGGAGAUCCUGAGACGCUUGUCUGCCGUGCCGAACCCCAUGAGAACUUCAAAGCAGAAAUUGAUAGGAUACAUGAUUUCUGCGCUUGAAUCGCGCGUGAGCCCAGUCGAUUACCCCCCUCCCGUGACGGAGUUGUUCACCGAGGAACAUGUGUCGUCGGUUCGGUCACUUUACGAUCUGUCUCCUUCUUUCAGGGGCGGUUGCAUCGCUGCCAAUAUCGCGAUUUUGGAGGCUGCAUCGGAGCAACCCUCCACUAACAAGCUCCAUGUCAUUGAUUUCGAUAUUGGUUGGGAACGACAGUACAUAGAUCUCCUUUACGCGCUGUCCUUGCGUCAGGCGGGCAAUCAAUUCACCCUCAAGAUCACGGCGCUCGCAGACAGCCUCUACCCUGAGAAGAGACUCAGGAUGUUUGGGGAUGGACUGAGCGAUCUCGCGGCCCGUAGCGGAUUUAGGUUAGUAUUUAACAUUGUGAGGCAGAAGCUGAGCGAGUUGAGCCGCGACUCGCUAGGUUGCGAGCCAGACGAGAUGCUGGCGGUGAACUUGGCGUUCAAGCUGUACAGAAUGCCGGACGAGAGCGUGUCUGUGGAGAAUCCACGCAACGAGCUCCUCCGGCGCGUGAAGGGUCUGGCGCCGCGGGUGGUGACGCUGGUGGAGCAGGAGAUGAACGGGAACAUGGCGCCAUUCCCGAUGCGCGUGGGGGAGGCGCUGGCGUACUACGAGGCGCUGCUCGAGACGUUCGACUCUAAUUUUUUUAGGUACAACUCGGAGCGAGCGACGAGGGCGGAGGAGGGGCUGAGUCGGAAAUUGGUGAACUUGGUUGCUUGCGAAGGUAGGGACCGGGUUGAAAGAUGUGAGGUGUUCGGGAAGUGGAGGGCCCGCAUGGGGAUGGCUGGGUUCAAGUUGAAGCCACUGGGUCCACACGUGGACGAGUUGAUGAAGGUGUGGUUCGGCUGGUGCGGCUCGAGACAACCGAGCCACACGGUGAAAGAGGAGAAUGGUGGGGUUUGCUUCAGCUGGGGCGGCCGAACUCUCACCGUCGCAUCUGCUUGGCGUUAACCGAAUUGAUAUACGUAUGUGUAUGUCAUGUUCUAUGAAUGGUGAUGGUGAUGGCGAUGGCGAUGGGGAUUUGAUAUCUAUAAUGUAUUGUUUUCAAGGUGUAUUUCCUGAGAAAAUGGGGAAAGAAGAAGAGAAUCCCAUUCCCCCCACCCAAGCAAUUGAGUAGUAAAGAGAGAGAGAGAGCCCAAGCAAUUGAGUAAUCGAGAGAGAAUGUCACGCCUUAUUCUAUUUGCAUCGUCAUUGUGCACCUCCAGUUUUAACCCCUCCCAAGUGAUUCACA